UGUGGAAGGUGCUUUCGUUGCAGUAUGGCGGACGAUGGGGAAGGUAGGAGUGCAGCGGAGGAUACCAUCGGCGGCAAAGGGACGACAGAGGAGUUGAAUCCGGGGUCCGGUCUCGGUAUAAGCGGCGUGCUGCUCAACCUCAGCGUUCUAGCGACCGUACUGGUCGUGUGUUACGUGAUAUACGCGCGGUUCUGGAGGAGGGUGGGAGCGGAGUCAGGCCGAGGCAGCGAGGCCUCGCCGUUGCCCAAGAUGAGAAGACGCGACUUCACGCUGCAGCAGCUGCGCGAGUACGAUGGCGUGCAGAACCCGCGCAUCCUCAUGGCAGUCAACACCAAGGUCUUCGACGUGACCAGCGGCAAAAAGUUUUAUGGACGCGACGGCCCCUAUGGGAUUUUUGCGGGACGAGAUGCGUCUCGGGGUUUGGCAACAUUCUGUCUGGAGAAGGACGCGUUACGUGACGAGUACGAUGAUCUUUCGGACCUGAACGCUGUGCAGAUGGAGAGUGUUCGUGAAUGGGAGAUGCAAUUCAUGGAAAAAUAUGACUACGUUGGCCGUUUGUUGAAGCCGGGAGAUGAGCCGUCAGAGUACACAGAUGAGGAAGACAUGAAGGAUCAUCAAAAACACGAAUGAUGUGCUGAAUCAUCACAGCAACUGAUGCCUAGGACUGAGAAGGCCACCAUCCAGAAUUGUUAAACCCCAGCAAAACACCUCUGAGAAUCUGCUCUAUAACUCUGUCAUUCAGUGUCCCCAGUACAAUCAAUGCCAAAUACAUUCACUGAUGCACCAUCACCAAGGGGCUAAACAUCUCUAGAAGUGCCCCGGCUGUUCCGAGUGUUCUCCACUUUCCACCAAAACAGACCAGUAGCCUGUCAGUGUUUCCUGUUGUCAUCUGCUCUUAAUACUUCUCCAGCUCCAGUGUUGUUGACCCUUCAGCUUUCAUCUUCCUGGCCUACCUAAACACUCAAUUAAAAACGCUCAUUUAUAUACUUGAUACCAUAAGCCAUCAGAUCUACACUCUAAAUCCUCAGUCAUACAGUCUAAACCCUAAACGCUCAAUUCCGAACCAUAAACUCUAAUGUAUACCCUACAUCUUAAACCCUCCAGCACAUAUUCUGUACCCUAAACUCUGCUAUAUUACCCUACAUCCCAAUUGGAAUGUGAAACGGACUUGAGGCUUUUUUUGAACCCUGCACAUUUGUGUGUUCCAGCUUUGACUGAAAAUUUGAAAUGAUAAAUAAAAAGGAGGAAGAAGGAAACACUGAAUGCACAUACAUUUUUAUUCACUUUUUCUUUGGGGACAUUACUGUUCAAUACCUCAGAUGUGGCCAUAUGCUCAUGGCAUAAAUGAAUAGGGGCAGAUGCUGGGAGUGCACAGUAGGUUAAAAAUUGCCACUGGGGUCUCUUGUAAUUUUUUUUGCUUCUCUUUGUGGUGUUAGUUUUUUGUGUAUAAUUAUUAUUGUACCACAAGACACAUUUCAAACACUUUAAGCAUUUAAAUCUCAUGCCUGUUUGUCAACUUUGGAAACAUUCUCAUUUUAAAUCAAAGUAAAUGUCAAAUGGAAAUGGUAAGCAGUCCAAAAAACAAGAUGUGUCUGCCAUCAGCUAAUCCAAAGGUGGAAAGGUCCUUGGGUGGGCAGGUGCUCUUUCAGCGAUUUCUGUCACAAUGCGAUUAUAAGAAAAUUGGGAUGCUGUUUGGAUUGCAAAGAGGGGUUUGGGUGGGUGUCUGUUAGCAUUCUCACCAUAAAACACUUGUUUUAUUUGAAUUGUAUAAAUCUGAAUUGCUGGUUGGGAUGCAAAGGGAAUAUCAGUUCUGCAGUUUAAAUGGAUCGGCUUUUCUGCUCAUUGGUCAACAAAACUCUCCCUUCAAUCAUUAACGAAACUGUGUAGUUAUUGUGCCUUAAUUCUGUUUCGUUCUACUUCAAAACAGUCCUAAAUAGUCCAGAGGUGAAGAUAAGAGGGAGAAAACACAAAGGUUUAAGAAAAAACGUGAUCUGCUCUGCCCUUUCCACAUUUCCUACUCUUAAGAGGUGUUUGAAAAAGCCAAGGCGUUUUUUUCCUCCAUUUUCACACAGUUCAGAUAACAGAGGCAUGCUUGUGUCUAUGAGUGAGUCAGACACAGAGGCUUGACAGCCUGUAUCGUGACCUUGUACAUAGACUUUAUGAGCUAUUUCAGUGUUACUGCCAUAUCUGUGCUGUUAUUAAACUCCACGCACUGCUGUGUUGUACUGGCCAAAAGAUCCAUUGCUUUUUUUCUUGUCUCCAUCUCUUUUUCCCCUCUUUUUUGUUUGUUUUCUCUGCUGAAUUUAUUUUAAUUGUGGAUACUUUUCAAAACCACCUUUGUGUUGUAAUUUUUUUCUGGAGAGGGGAACAAUGAGGUUGGAAGUAUAUUUUGUCUUUGCUGGGGAGUGGGAUGAGGCAAAAUUCAAACAAAUUGUGGAUUCUGUAAAUAUGUGUAUCAUUUUAUUAAAGCAUGUGCAGCAAACAGUGAGGUAAUGCUGGCUCUCACGUCAUGUAUUUAAAUGUGGAGUUUGCAAGGGUGUGUGUGUGCACGCGUUCAGGGGAGGAGGACAAGAACGUGUUAUUGCAGAAAUAAAUACUUUUGGAUAAUAACUAUCCUCUCUGCUCCUCUGUUGUGUUGGUCUUGAGUGCAAAAAAUUGAAACAAAUUGCAUUAUUUCAAAUGUCAGAACAGAGAAUGCAACCACUAAAAUGUCAAAUGCAUUGAGAAACAAUGGAAUGUGUUUGUGGCAACACAUGACUUACAAUGACUAAACAAAACAGAAAUAGGCUCUAAUCUUCUGCCAAAUGAAGAGAGUUUGAUUUAGUUAAAAGAAUAAUUUAUUCAUUAACUCGCCCUCAUGCCAUCCCAAAUGUGUACAACUUUCUUCUGCAGAACACAAAGAUUUCUGGAAGAAUAUCUCCACUCUGUAGAAACUUAUAAUGCAUGUGAAUGGUGACCAAAACUUUAAAGCUCCAAAGGCAGCAUAAAAGUAAUCCAUAUGACUUGUGUUUUAAUUGCAUUGCUUUUGAAGCGAUCUAAUCUGUUUAGGGUGAAAACGGACCAAAAUGUAACUCCUUUUUCACUAUAAAUCUUGACAUCAGCAGUCUCCUUGGCGAUCAUGAUUUCAAGCUUGAUUACACUUCCUAUAGCGCCAUCUAGUGCUCUGCGCAUGUGUCAUGCACUAGGAAGUGUAAUCGAGCUUGAAAUCAUGAUCAUGCCUAGAGACUGCAAUGACAAGAUGUACAGUGAAAAGUUAUAUUUUGGUCUGUUCUCACCCAAAACCAUUUAGAUAGCUUAAGAAUACAUAGAUUAAACCAGUGGAGUUAUAUAGAUUACUUUUAUGCUGCCUUUGUGUUUUUUGAGCUUCAAAGAUUUGGUCACCAUUCACUUGCAUUGUAUGGAUCCAUGGAGCUGAGAUUUUUUUCUAAAAAUCUUCUUUUGUGUUCAGCAGAGGAAAGAAAGUCAUACACAUCUGGGAUGGCAUGAGGGUGAGUAAAUGAUAGAGAAUUUUAGUUUUUGGGUGAACUAUCCCUAGAAUUUGCAACAGGUGAAAACCACUCAUUAGAAUUUAAUAUUACGCCGUAACAUUGUAUGUAUUAUUAGUUUUGCAUUUGGAAGAUUUUGCACCUUCAAAGUGAAGCAUUUAAUGUCCAAUUAUGUGUUGGAUAAAAUUUUUGGUUGGUUGAGGUAUUUGACACUCUAGUUAUAAUUAUUGAAAUUGCAUUUGCAAAAAUCUUGUGAUGUUUUAUGAAAUCAAUUUAUGCUUAUAUCUUCACAUUCUUGAGGUCUUCGAUUGUGUUUUGCCAAAAUAUAAGUGUUCAUACAUGUCUCGUGAGUUUGUUUGCAUGAAUGGAUUUGUGGUUAUACAAUAAAUUGUUUACUGUCGCCGGUGUUACGGAUCAGCUCGGGAUCAUGUUAACCGGGGACGUGCACGUGAAUAAUUGUAUUUGCAUUUUCAGCAGAUUCAUUCAAUGUGAAUUGCCAAGGAGCCAAGAAAAGGCGUUUUACACAUCAUAAGAAAAUGUUGGAUCAAUGUCUGUUCUAAUGAAUUUGACACAGUUUGAGCGAUUUUAACAUGGUUUCACAGGGUAACAUGGUUACUAAUGUUAACGUGGGACAUUGGUUUGAAUGGGAACUGCCGAUUACACUUGUCAGAGCACUAAUUCGCAUGUGGAAGUCUUUUAUUUGCAACACUAAAGCAUCAUAGGCUGAUAUGUGUCAACAAUAUGCCUAUACUCUUAAAUUACUUUUAUAUAUUAAAAAAACAAAAAAAACAAUAGCUUGAUAAAGUUGAUAAAACAAUUGUUACUGUUCAUGUAGAAGGUCUGUUGGUGGGGGUAGUGUGGUUGAUAACAUUGCAUACAGACCUGGGUUCAAUUCCCUAUGUGAAUCUGCAUUUAAAAAGCAUUUAGAAAAUGUAGUUGAUGUUUUUUUGUUUUGUUUUUCUCAGUAAUUCAAUCAUUCUCAGAAAAUUCAGUGCAGUAUAUUGUAAUUACUGGCUGUCAGAUUCAGUUGCAAUUUUGAUUAAUCUAUUUAAAACAAUAUAAUUGUGUCUGUGAUUUACAAAAUUGUUUUCAAUAGACCUGUUAAAAAUGCAUCAUAAUCUGCAGCAAAGCUACAAAUUUGCCCUGAAUGAUCAAGAUUUGAACCUGGGUCACUAUGCUUACUGCCAGUAUGACUAACAACUAGACCAGUGUCCCAUCUAUAAUUAUUCAUUCACUUUGUUAUAUUUAAUGGUUGGAGAAAGUUACUCAAACCUUUAUAGUUAAGCCAUUAUUCAUUAUAAAGAAAUAAAAGCAAUUGAAAAAUAUAUGAUUGACACAUAUCAGCAUAUGAUGCUUUAGUGUUGCAAAUAAAAUAAUUCAACUUGCGAUUUACUGCUCUACAAAUGCAAUCUACAGUUCCCAUUCACACAAAUGUCCCACGUUAAAAUAGGCAACCAUGUUACUCUGUGAAACCAUUAAAACGCUCUUAAAACAUAUCGUUCUAUAUUAAUCUAUUUUCAUGCUGUUGUGUUCAAUAAAUCAUGUCAAAAAACCCCUUAA